GAAGGCGGAGGAGGAGGAGGAGGAGGAGGAGGAGGAGGAGGAGCGCGGCCUGGUCCCCUCCGGGCCACUCGCCCGCCCGGGGUGACAGGGUGACGGCGGCGGCGGCGGCGGCACGACGGGCCAUGGUGCCCUGCCUGAGCUCCUUGGCCACAUCCUCCCCCUCAACAGUCUUCCCCUCGACUGGCUCAUCUUCCAUGACUCCUCCUCAGGCCAGAAGCACAGAUAACCUGGAUGGUCCAGGCGAGGGGCCUGUACAGCCCCUGCCCCCUUCGGGGGGCUCUAACGUGAAGGGGAAACCUGGCAAAAGCAGGAUCUCCGCCCCGCGUGGUCCUUUUCCCCGUCUGGCUGACUGUGCCCAUUUCCACUAUGAGAAUGUCGAUUUUGGCCACAUUCAGCUGCUGCUAUCUCCAGAUCGUGAAGGUGCCAAUCUUCCUGGUGAUAAUGAGCUGGUGUUUGGAGUCCAAGUGACCUGUCAGGGCCGGUCCUGGCCUGUUCUCCGAAGCUAUGAGGAUUUCCGCUCCCUGGAUGGCCAUCUUCAUCGAUGUAUCUUUGACGGUCGGUUCUCUCGACUUCCAGAACUUCCUCCAGCUCCUGAGGGCUCCCGGAACCAGCUAUUAGUGCCGCUGCUCCUACAGUAUCUGGAAACCCUCUCUGGACUGGUGGACAGUAACCUCAACUGUGGUCCUGUGCUUACCUGGAUGGAACUGGAUAACCAUGGCCGGCGGCUGCUACUCAGUGAGGAGGCCUCCCUGAACAUUCCCGCGGUGGCCGCUGCACAUGUGGUCAAACGGUACACAGCCCAGGCCCCAGAUGAACUGUCCUUUGAGGUUGGCGACAUUGUCUCUGUGAUUGACAUGCCACCCACAGAGGACCGAAGCUGGUGGCGUGGAAAACACGGAUUCCAGGUUGGUUUCUUCCCUAGCGAGUGUGUGGAGCUAUUCACUGAACGACCGGGCCUGGGGGUCAAAGCUGAUCCUGAUGGCCCCACAUCCAGCAUCCCGGCUCCCCUAAGGGAGGGCCCUCCCUCUCUAACGUCAGUGCCCCGCCCCCGAGGAAAGCUUGCAGGCCUCCUCCGCUCUUUCAUCCGCUCCCGCCCAUCUCGGCAGCGGCUCAGACAGCGGGGCAUCCUGCGGCAGCGCGUCUUUGGCUGUGACCUUGGGGAGCAUCUCAGCAACUCCGGCCAAGAUGUUCCCCAGGUCCUGCGCUGCUGCUCAGAGUUCAUCGAGGCCCAUGGGAUCGUGGAUGGGAUCUACCGCCUCUCAGGGGUUUCUUCCAACAUCCAGAAACUGAGGCAUGAGUUUGACAGCGAGCGGAUCCCUGAGCUGAGCGGCCCAGCCUUUCUCCAGGACAUCCACAGUGUCUCCUCCCUUUGCAAGCUCUACUUUCGAGAGCUGCCUAACCCUCUGCUCACCUACCAGCUCUACGGGAAGUUCAGUGAGGCCAUGUCUGUGCCUGGGGAGGAGGAACGGCUGGUUCGGGUUCAUGAUGUCAUCCAGCAACUGCCCCCGCCUCAUUACCGGACCCUGGAGUACCUGCUCCGACACCUCUCGCGGAUGGCCCAACACAGCGCCAACACCAGCAUGCAUGCCCGAAACCUGGCCAUCGUGUGGGCCCCCAAUCUGCUCCGGUCAAUGGAGCUGGAGUCAGUAGGGCUUGGGGGCGCUGCUGCGUUCCGAGAGGUUCGGGUCCAGUCCGUUGUGGUGGAGUUUCUUCUCAGCCAUGUGGAUGUCUUAUUCAGUGACACAUUCGCCUCAGCAGGGCUAGAUCCUGCAGGUCGCUGUCUCCUCUCCAGGCCCAAGUCUCUUGUGGGUAGUGGACCCUCCACUCGUCUCCUCUCCCUAGAGGAAGCUCAAGCUCGGUCCCAGGGUCGGCUAUCUGGGCAGGGGGCCAAGGCUCCUACUUCACCUGAAGACCAGAGGAAGGGUGUCAUUGGAGAGAAGCGGAGAAAACCAGGGGGCAGCAGCUGGAAAACUUUCUUUGCCCUGGGCAGAGGCCCCUCUGCGGUCCGGAAGAAGCCCUUGCCCUGGCGUGGAGCUGGCCAAGGGUCCCAGCCGCCCCCCGGUGGCCCGGUGGAAGCAGCCCCAUUAAGAUCAGCCAAGAGUGAGGAGUCACUGUCAUCCCAGGCCAGCGGAGCUGGCCUCCAGAGGCUGCACCGGCUGCGCAGGCCCCGCUCCAGCAGCGAUGCUUUCCCUGUGGUCCCUGGCCUGGCCGGCUCCUGUGAGAGUCUCUCUUCCACCACAUCGUCUUCGUCCUCCGGCAGCACCUCGUCUGUGGGCAGCGGGGAGCUGCUGGGCUCUCCCCCACACCGUGUCUCGGCCUGGCUGGACGACGGAGAUGACCUGGACUUUAGCCCUCCUCAGUGUCUGGAGGGGCUGAGAGGCCUCGACUUUGAUCCUCUCACUUUCCGGUGCAGCAGCCCCACGCCUGGGGACCCUGCUCCUCCUGCCAGUCCGGCCCCCCCAGCCCCUGCUGGCUCCUUCGCACACAGAGCCACCCCCCCUCCUCGCUCUCCUCGAGGCCCAGCAAGCCCUGUGCCACCCAUUGCCCUGGAUAUCUCAGAGCCUGUGGCGGUUUCUGUGCCUCCUGCUGUACUGGAGCUGCUGGGGGGUGCUACCCCGAACACCCCAUCCCCUCCACCCGCUGCCCCUGCUCCCCACCUCCUCCCCCUCCUGCUGCGCAGUGUUGAAUCUGAGCUGAGUGACAGCUGCCAGAGGGAAAUCCGGAGCAAAUUGUCCUUAACCAGCCAGAGAGACCUCCAAGGGUCACCGAGUCCUGUGCCUGGGUUUGAGUCCCCACCUCUGCCCAUGCCCUUGUCUCUCCUUCGCCCCGGAGGGGCCCCUCCUCCACCUCCCAAGAACCCAGCCAGGUUGAUGGCCCUUGCUUUGGCAGAGCGGGCUCAGAGGGCGGCCCAGCGUCAGCGCCAGCAGGAGAUGGGGGGCACAGUCCCACCCAUACCUCGAUCUCCCUUCCGACGGUCCCUGUCCCUGGAAGGGGGUGGGGAAGCUCCUGGGGCCGGGGGCCCUGGGCCCCUCUAUUCCAUGGUGAACGCCAGCCACCAAGCCCCAGGUCCCCCAACCUCCUUGCAGCGGCAGCAGAGCGACGGUGGCCCCCCACGGAGGGAACGCAGAGGUCCUGCACAGGUGCCUGCUCCCUUUUUCUCCUCUGCGGUGACCUCUCCCAGCCCCAAGGAGCGCCCCUCAGCCUUCCCCAAGGAGCGCCCCUCAGCCUUCCCUGGCCCCCCCAAGCCCCCUCUUCACUCCCUGGGUACUCCUCCCUUCCGGCCUGGUCCCCAGCCCCCUACCCGGAGGACCCCACGUGGUCCCACGCUGCUCCCCGAGAAGGGGGAAAACCUGUACUAUGAGAUCAGUGGAGGUGAGGGGCCUCCCUAUUCAGGCCUGUCUAGGCCUUGGGCUCCUUUCCACCAGGCCCCCGAGGGGCUCAAUGCUUCCUAUGGGAUUCGGGAACAGUCGCCAGCCCAGGGUCCCCCCGACUUCCUCUUCUGCUACCCCCCACCCCCCUCUCACCCAUACCCCCAGGCAGUGCAGCCCUUCCCCCAACAUGGCCGCCUCUGCUACCACCCCCAAGAAUCCCGGCGGCGCCCAGCCCAUUUGGAGCCUGUCUAUGUCAACUUGCCCCUAGGUGGGGGUGGGCCCUCCCCUACCUCCUCCUCUUGCUCUUCCUCCCCUCCUGCACACCCCCGAAGUCGCUCUGACCCUGGUCCCCCAGCCCCUCGACUCCCCCACAAGCAGCGCUCACCGUGGGGACCCCGGCCUCCUCGACCCUGGGGGCCUCCAGAUCCCCUGCUAUUGUACAGGACACCGACCCAGCCCUAUGGGAAAGGAGCAGGGGAGGGUCCUCAUGGGCUUCAAUAUGGAAAUGUGGGGGAUGGCCACGGAGAGGGGGCUGGCCCCCCACCUUCCUACCUGCCCCCCCCAAGCUGGUCCCUCCAUGCUAAGGGCCAGACUCAUAGCUACUGCUGAAGCUGGAGACCCUGUACCCUAAUUCCUUUUUGUAAAAUGUUGAAUGGGAAUCCUUGAGGCCCUAGCUGGCUGUGCCUGCUGCUGCUCAAGGUCCCGCUGACAGGACCCUUCCGCCACCCCCUUCCGUGAUCCAUUUUGUAAUUUGGCCCAGCUCCUCAAGUUUCUAACUUUGUGUGAUCUCAUAACCUUAACUGUAGUUUUCUCUGCAUUCCCCAUAAAACUUUUUACACCUCAACUGCCCUGGGGUUUCUUGCACUAAUUUGGGGGAGACUGAAGAGGAAAACACUUCUACCCCCAGCCCCCAGGAUGGCCCAGCAUGUCCUGCUCCCCUCCCCUCUUCUCAUUGCCUGGUAUGUGCAGGUAUGAAUGUGUGCCCAGAUGAAGGGCUUUAGGGUGUGUGUGUGUGUGUGUGUGUGUG